AUAGGAUGCGGAGACAACGAAACGCAUAAUAUCUAGUUUAAAAAGAAGAAGAAGACGAAACUUUUAAGGAAACGCGGCUUCUCGAAUAACAAUGACAGCGAGGAAGAGAAAAUGUCCAAGGAGAACGUCGAGGAAACAAAGAUUAUUCAGAAACUCCGCGAGAGACCGGCUGGCGUCGAUGUUGGUUUGGCGCUCGGAGAAAGCGUUGUAUCCAAUGUGUUGAUGUCGGAUCCCUUUAAUAUGAAAAUCGGAGAAAAUAUGGUUGUGCUGAAGAAUACAAAACAUAAGCCGAGCGAUGCCUACAACACUGCCAUUGAAAUGCAAUUUAACAUGGAGACCAAUAAAGACGAUGAGAACGAAGAAAUGGUCAAGUAUACAGAAGAAUAAUUGUUGAAGCGCAAGAGUAAAAAUAAUGAUGCAGCGAAUAAUACGAAUAAUGAUAAGGGAUCAUAUUGCUCACCAGAGGAAGCAGUGUUGCAUGCAGUACUGGAACAUUUGAGGCAAAGCUCGACCAAUUGUAGCGAGGAAAUGCUUUCGAAUCAAAUGUUAUCUGAUAUUCCAGAAGUCGAUCUUGGCAUAGAACCCAAAAUUCGUAACAUUGAAGCUACGGACGAGAUAAAAUUAAAACUUCUAGGACAGACACAAAAAAAAGAUGGGCUCUCACAAUUUGUUCUUACAAAUAUGGCUGUGAAUUUUAUACAACAAAACAGCUUCAACAUAGAAGACUCAGAUUUUCAAAAGUCGCAGCAGGAAUUCAGCAACAAGAAAAAAUACACUACCAAAGAAGACAUUCGAGGAAAACAAAAAGAUUAUGGAGAAAAGGCGACGGACGAUUACCAUUAUGAGAGAUUUAAAAAGCAACUCAGACGAUUUUGAAUUAGACUUGUAUAAUUAAUUAUAUUUUAUUAUAAACAUAAUUUUUUUGAAUUUAUAUAAGUAAACUGAUGAUUUCUUACAUCAGAUGUUUUUUAAAAAUUGUAAUUUAAAUUUAAGAAUCAAAAAACAAUGAAAAAAGAAUCAAGGGACAAUACAAUAUUUUAUUUCUAUUCUAUUAAAACUGUGAAUACUGUUAAAACAUGAAAUGCAUAUGAUACUUAUAGUAUUCCUAAGUUAUCAAAAAUUUAUUAACUACUUUAACAUUUACUAACUACGCAUUCUUUGUUUUUAUACAUUUAACUUCUUUAUGUUAGAUAUAAAAUUGUGAGUGAAAUUUAUCAUAAUUUUAGUCAAUAUAAAAGACACAGAUGUCCAAAAGUCGCAGCAGGAAUUGCUUUCUUUCUGUGUAUAAAUAGAUUUAAUAAACUUCCAUAAGUUUUGCUAUAUGCAAGCUUUGUAUAAAUAAAUAUCUCAAAUUAAUAUAUCUAUAUGCUACAAUAUGAUAUUUUAAUAAAAUUUUUUAUUAAUUCUGAAUUGCUACUUUUAUAUUAUAAUAAAACUCAUAUUUCUGUAUGGUUUACGAAUUUUAUAAUAAAUAGGUAUACAUUUUA